CCAUCGAGGAGGCAGAGGAGGAUGAGGAUGAGACCUGCGACACAGAGCCAGAGCGGUUGGCCGAGGAGCUGCCCGGGGGGAUCCAGGAGGACGAGGCUGCUGAGCGCUGCCCAGAGGAUCCCACGACCCCAACGUCUCUGCCAAGCUCCCCCAUGGAGCUGGGGGGGGCUGCAGCUACGGACCCCAAGGAGGCCGGCCCCAGGGCCGAGGAGGAGUGUGGGCCUGACGGGCCCAGUGCAGAUGAGCCCAGCUGCCCAGGCCGCCCCAUUCCCAAGUCCCAGCCAGGGCACCGGAGCUACAACCUGAACGAGAGGCGGCGCAUCGGCAGCAUGACGGGGGUGGAGCAGGCCCAGUACCAGAAGGUGCCCACGGAUGAAUCAGAGGCCCAGACGCUGGCCUCGGCUGACCUGGACUACAUGAAAAGCCACAGGUUCGAGGACGUGCCUGGGGUCCGACGGCACCUGGUCCGCAAGAGCGCCAAGGGCCAAGUCGUGCACGUCAGCAAAGACCACACGGAGCCGAGCGCCCGGCUCAGGAAACACAACCGGCAGCCGCACGAGGUCUUCGUGGAGCUGAACGAGCUGGUGGUGGACAAGAACCAGGAGCUGCAGUGGAAGGAGACGGCGCGCUGGAUCAAGUUUGAGGAGGAUGUGGAGGAGGAGACCGAUCGCUGGGGGAAGCCCCAUGUGGCCUCCCUGAGCUUCCGCAGCCUGCUGGAGCUGCGCAAGACCCUCUCCCAUGGGGCCGUGCUGCUGGACCUGGACCAGAAGACGCUGCCAGGGGUGGCACACCAGGUGGUAGAACAGAUGAUCAUCUCGGACCAGAUCCGGGCCGAGGACCGUGCCAACGUGCUGCGGGCGCUGCUGCUAAAGCACAGCCACCCGAGCGACGAGAAGGAUUUCUUCCCCCGCAACAUCUCAGCUGGCAGCCUGGGCUCCCUGCUGGUGCAUCACCACAGCGCCAACCACGUGGGAGAGGGCGGCGAGCCCAUGGUCACCGAGCCCCUCAUCGGCACCCACGCUGCCGAACACGAGGCCAGGGUCGAGGUGGAGCGGGAGGUGAGUGGGGGUCUGGGUGCUACGUGCCUGUGUGCCCCCUUCCUGCCCCCACAGGGCCCCUUAUCCUCCUUCCUGAGCCUCUUGCCCCCCUUGCUGACUGCCACCAAGGCCCCUUGUCCUCCUUCCUGAUCCAGCCAACCGCUC